CCGACCCACUCCCACCGCCCUGAAGGCUGGAACUCACGGAUCCCUACGCACUCCCACCACAUGCUCAUGCAGGAUCAUGGAGAUGGCCUGCGUCCGAGGUUUCCUGGUCCGACGCCACUUCCAGAGUCUACGGGCUGAGUAUGAGGCUGUUGUACGAGAGAUCGAGGGUGAUCUGGGCACACUACAGUGGAAUGAGGGCUGGAUUCCCAGGCCCCAGUUUCUCCCACAGAAGGCAAAAACUCAUCGGACCUGGAAAGCCGGAGAGAGGGUACCAAAGCCAGAGCAGGAACUAUGGAGCUGCUUUCCAUGUAAGGAGCCUGAGAAAGAGGCCAUCCGGGAGAAGAUGAUGCUGAAGUCAGGAGAGAGCUCAGCAAACUCAGAAAGUCUUCACUGCAGAGAUGACAGCCCCUGGCUUCAGGAUGAGCAGAGCAGGAAAACCAGGAAACCCAGCCAAGAGGAGACCAGAGAUAUGUCAAGGAUGGAGAACCCAGAAGCUGCAGGUCCAGGACUGCCCCACGGCCCGACUGAGCUCCAGGAGCUCCAGUACCGCCGCAGCCACUUGGCCAUGGAACUGCUGUGGAUACAGCAGGCCAUCAAUAGCCGUAAGGAGUACCUAAUUCUCAAACAAACAACACUGAGAUCCCCAGAGGUGAGCCUAGACCACAGGGGACAGGCCUGUGAGAGAGCUGGGUCACAGCCAGGUCCACCACUGGAAGUCCAGUGCUACAGAGAUCAGACAACUGGAGAGCAAGACCAUGAGGAUGACUCUUACUGGAGGCUCAAAUCACCACCUCACAUUUCCCCAGAAAGACUGGCCACUACAGAUAAAACCACUGCUGGGGCCAAGUACAGAGACCCAUGCUGCAAGAAAGUUGGACCACAGCUGCCCAUACCAUCAGAUAACCAGGCCAUAGAGAACAGGCUCACCAAAGAGCCACACCAUGGGGAGCAGACCUUUGGAGGGACCUGCCUGCAGCUGACAAAAAUGGAGGACCAGACUCCCAAAGGCCGUAAACCUAAAGGACACUGUUCUGCAAAGGCCAGAAUACAGCUGCCCACACUCUGUGCGGACCCAAAUAUUGAAGAUAAGUCUCCCAAAAGGACAGACCACAAAGAGCCUGAUUGCCAAAGAGGUAGGCCACAAGAAUUGGGCCUCUCAGAGAACCGUAUCAUCUGGGAUGGGCCUUUGGCAGAACAUAGUAGUCUGGAUCUCUGGAAGACUAAACCACCCAAGGGCCAGACUCCCAGUAAUAAAAGCUCCAGAGAUAGAGCUUCCAAUGAGCCUAGCUCUGAAGGAUGGAAAAACCAGAGGACUGGACCAUGGAGAUCAAAGCCACCUGAGAAACUGUCUUUUACAGGGUCAGACAGCAUAGGAGAGAACCACUGGAGGGGCAGGCUGUGGAAAACAGGGCCACCAGGCUAGA